AUGGACAGUAGUACUCUUGCCGAUCAGGAUAAUUUUGGCGAAGUAAGGUCUGUUAGCUCGUUGAAAUCUAAAUUUGAAAAGAUGAAUCAACAAAAACCUCAAACUUCAGGAUUAGCUAAUAGAUUUAAUGUGAAUGAGGAUAAUAAGCAACAUUCUCGUAAUAUAUCACUUCCUAAUACGGUGACCAUGAAUCAACAACCUAAACGACAACUUCAAAAAGAGCCGGCUGCUGCGUUAUCAUCAAGAGAAUCUUCCGCAUGUAGUACUGAUGUAGAGUCAGAUGAUCCAUUGAACAAAGAUAGGUUUAAGCAAUCAUUCAUACCACCAUCAUCUACAAAGUCCGUUACUUCGUUUUCAAAAUCAACAAGAUCUUCAAAUUUUUUAAUCGAUGAUGAUAAUGAUGACCCAUUUGAUGACUCACAAGAAAUCAAUCCUUUUGCAGAUGAUAAUGAGUAUGCAAAUGAGAGAAUUUCGUCUGAAUCACCUCCCUCUGAUAAGGGCUCAGGAAAUCGACAUGCACACAGAACUAGUGUAACGCCUAACAAGCCGCCACGCAAACCUGUGAGGGCUGAUAAUACUCAAUCUUCGAUCAAUAAUUCAAAGAAUCUGUCCAGAUACGCAGAUGAUGAUGAUUCUAAAUAUACGCCACCACCAUUACCUUCUAGACCUUCGACUCAAAAAACUAAGAAAUCAUUACCACCACCACUUCCUAAUCGUCCAGUGUUGCCACACCGUAUGACCGAUGACGGCGAUAAUAACAAUCGCCGCAAAUCUAAUUUGAAGCCCAAAGUUUCACGAUCAAACUCGGACCCAGACUUUAUUGAUCCUAUUGAUCCUGUGCUUAGAGACUCUCAAUCUGACGAUGAAAGACCUGAUGUAUCUCAAAUUAAUCAUAGACCACCUAACUUUAAGGGACUCAGAGAGAUUACUAGUAAAUCUUCAACACGCGCUAUUGCGAUUGGAGGUGAUAUUGUAAUCACAGACUCUGGUCAUACUCGCGUGUGGUCACUUCUUAAUGGAGAAAAUACCAAUACAAUUUCUCACGAUGAUUCAAAAGUAACGUGUCUAUGUUGGCGUCCAGCAAAUCGUAUGGAAGAUGUUGGACGUUAUUUAUGGUGUGGUGGUCUUGAUGGGCAUUUGUAUGCGAUUGAUAUUUGUAGCGAAGAUAAGUAUUUUGAAAUGACACGAAAAGCUCAUAGUAGUUCCGUAAAUUUUAUAUUGCGCUUCGAAUCCCAUCAGAUGAAUCAGUUAUGGACUCUGGACACUGAUGGAAAAUUGUUAAUAUGGUCUGAAGGUGAUGAUGGUGUCAUUUCACUUAAAUCAACCCCAGAACCGUUCCGUAUUGCGGCAAACCAGACCUGCGCAAUCAUUGUCGGCCAUCAUCUUUGGACAGCCGCUGAUAAAAAUAUUGAAAUUUCUAAUCCACAUUACAAGUACGAUAAUAAAUAUGAGCUAACUGUUAAAAAAAUUAACAUCGGAACGGAAAUUGGAAAUAUAACACGCAUGACACAAACCAGUAAUUCUUCUCUUGUUUAUGUCGGGCAUGAAGAUGGCAAAAUUACAGUAUGGGACGUUAAAUCAUAUAAUCGAGUAGCAUUGGUUCAUGCGUCAGAUUAUAGUAUCACGUCUUUGCUGGGUGUUAACGACUAUCUUUGGGUUGGUUUUAAGACUGGCAUGAUAUAUAUAUACAAUGUCACAAGUAGCCCAUGGAACACUAUAAAAGAUUGGAAGGCUCAUAAAUCACCAGUUAUCGAUAUGCAAUUGGAUGAAGAUGGAUUAUGGAGAGUUGGUCGACUACAGGUUGCAAGUUGUAGUUCUGAGGGAGCAAUUAUUUCUUGGGAUGGGUUGAUGGAGCAGGAUUGGAUUGCUGAUAAAAUGUGUUUGCGAGAGAGAACAUAUUGCAAUUAUAGGGAUAUCAGAAUUCUAAUAUGUUCGUGGAACAUUGGUGCUUGCAAACCUAACGAUCUGGAUAAAUCUUCUGAUGGCAUUAAAUUUAUGAGGUCAUGGCUUGCAAGCACACAGUCACCCGACAUUAUUGUCAUUGGGUUUCAGGAAAUUUUUGAUUUGAAAUCAAAAAAAAUGAACGCAAAAACUAUGUUGACGUCCAAAAAGAAACUUCAAUCGAAGGUAGAAGAGAAUCUCGAAAAACGAUCCCAAGAGUGGCGUGAUAAGCUUGUGAAAAUGGUUGAACAUGCAUCGACUGGUGACAAAUAUGAAGUUUUCAGUACAGGAAAUCUUUUUGGAUUGUUCUCAUGUUUUUUUGUCAAGAAAACCGAGAAAGAAAAUAUAAGAGAGGUUAAUACUGCGAUGCAUAAAACCGGACUAGGAGGUUACAACGGGAAUAAGGGUUCGAUAGCGACACGUUUCAUAUAUGACGAUUCAUCUAUGUGUUUUGUGAACUGUCAUUUAGCAGCAGGACAAAAAGAAAUUUUAGCGAGAAACAAAGAUGUAGUCAGUAUAUUAGAAAAUACUACAUUUCCCGUUUGUUUCAGAGAAGCAUGGAAUGAUUAUGAGAAUGUAUUUACUCACGGAGGUGAUGGUACCAUGGUCUUUGAUCAUGAAAUUUGUUUUUUAAGUGGUGAUCUUAAUUAUCGAAUAGAUUCGCAACGCGAAGUAGUCCUCAAAGCGAUUGCAAAGAAAAAUUAUGAUUUAUUAUUGGCACAUGAUCAAUUAAUUAAACAACGAAAAACAAAUCCUUCAUUCCGGUUACGUUCCUUUUUGGAAGGCGAACCAAGAUUUGACCCAACAUAUAAAUAUAAUCCAGGUGAAGACGAAUAUGAUACAUCAGAAAAACGGCGUAUACCAGCUUGGUGUGAUAGAAUAUUAUAUCGAGGACCAAGGGCAAGGAUAAUACAGGAACAUUAUGAAAGAUAUGAAUUAAUGAAAGAAUGGAAAGAUACAGUCGAAAAAGAAAAAUUAAAACUUAUGGCAAAAUGGUUACAUGGACGUGGAUUUGAAUAUGAAAUAGUCAACAAAGUGUUAAAAGAAGUACACGGAAAUCUACGAAAGGCUUUCGAAACGUUGAAUAAAAAUUAUGGUAAAAGUAAUAAUAGAAAAGGGAGGAAGAAAAAAUGA